AUGCAAACUAUGGAGAGAAGUUCUGCGGAAAUUACAAAUAAAAUUUCAACAUCAACUUUAACCCCCCAUUCAGUAAUCCUCAAAAAUAAUAAAACGUUGCCUAAAUUUUUCCCCAAAAUAAAUGAAAAUACAAAGUUUUUGCUAAUGCAAAUUCCUCAUCAUUGGAAUGGACAAUGUGGGGGAUUGGCUAAUCAGAUGUGGAGAUUUGCAGUGCUUUAUAACAUGGCCAAGUCUGUCGGACGCUUCCCAGGCAUUUAUAAUACAAGCACUUGGACCUGCGACAAGUUGAAUAGUCCUAAUGAGAUUGAGAAUACCUUCCCGAUUUUAUAUUCCUCUUUUCGAUAUAUGGUAAUUUAG